CUGACCUUUCAUAAAAUUACUACCAACUUGGAAAUUGAAUGCUCACUCCGAACACUAUUAAAUUGGCUCACUGCUGUGGCUGGAUCACUGUUCUGAAAGGAAGCUAGUGCUCAGAAGACUACAUUGACAAUGGGAAUCUUAAGACAAGCAGUUCUCAUUGGAACGAUUGUGUUGAUUGGAAGUAGAUCGCUAGUAUAUGGUGCGCAGCAAACGCAACCUCCUGUUAGCAAUGCCCUGGUACCGCCUGUUUUGUAUCUAACCGAAACCACACCGUCUACACCAACCGUGACUCCUCGUCCCGGAAGACACCAUGUACUAACUCCCCGACCGAAGAACAACACCAUAUAUCCUUGCACAUGUGGCGUAUUUCUCUCCAGCCAGUUCAAGAAAGGAAGCACGGAGCCACCCAAAGGAGCACCAGUGGUGCGCCACGAACAGGACAAGGUUUUUCCUUGCACCCCGCUCGGGAUUCGACAGUGUCAAAAUAAAUGCUUAGAAGCUUUCGUCAAACAUCUACCAAAUGCUGGACCAAUUUUAUGCAGUACUAUGGAACGGGAUUGCCACAAAGAAAAGGCUUACUUGUUCGUUCAGAACUGCAAGCCAAAUUGGGUGAAUUCGAACCUGUCUAAUGGGAAGGAGUAUUGCUGCAAGGAUGGAGUUCAAUAUCCAUGUCCUCUUAUUUAA